UAUUGCUGCGAUACCGCACAAAUACAAAAUGAACUAUACCAAACAUUUAAUUUUAUUGUUUUUUGUGUUUUACAUUACAACAGUCAAUUCUAUGGAUGCUGGGGAAAUAAAAAAACUUAAAAAAUGGUCAGAGACCUUAAAACCAGCAAGAAUUUUGGAUUCGAGUCUGUUGGUAACUGUACAUCCCGAAUACUAUAAGAAUUCUAUAAAGGCAUCAUUGGCAAUUACUUAUCCGGAAAUGACACUUGAAAUUAAGAAUGAGCUAGUUGAACACUCCAGUGAAAGUAACUGGCCUAAAGGUAUAUCAACGAAGGAAUUACGAGACAUUAAUAAGGAACAUAUAGACAAUUAUAGGUGUAGACUUAUUCCGCGAAAAAUACAAUCAAGACAGUUAGUAAUCGUGUUGGCAUCAGAAAAUGAAAAGCUGAUACCUGAAGAUAUGACUGCUGUUCCAGCAUUUAUCAUGGUUUUCGAGUUUGGAGGAUUAAUUGCCGUCCAAGAAACAAAUUCACCGGAAUUAGACGGGUUGGAAAUAGAUACAUCGGGAACAGAUGUGUCUAAAAUGACAGAUCUAUCAGAUUUGGCAAAGACCCUGAAACCAGCAACAGUUGUGUUCUGGGGUGGAAUGCUAUCCCAGCUUGACGUAACUAUUCUUAAGUAUCAGAAUUCCGUACGGGGUGGAUUGGUUAAUUGGCCACCUGAAUUUGUGGAUGAACUUGUUAACAAAUUGGAUGAAAACAGCUGGCCCCCUGGACUCGCGAACGUGCCAAAAAGGAAAGAUAAUCAGAUUUAUUUGGACAAAUUAAACUGUAGACGUCUUCCGUUUGUAAGAUAUUAUCAGUAUGAAGAAGCAGUAAUCGUGUUUGCUUCUGAUAAUCCAACGAUGUCUGAAGAAUUAACUGAUGAGAAAGGAUAUGUAGUGUUUUUCGGUAAAGGAUCUACAAUAGAUAAAGAAGUCAUUGUAAUACCUCACACUACAUCAUAA